GGGGGUGGGCUUUUCCUCAGCCGUUCUCAGGCGUGGGGCGGACUCUCUCUUUCUUUGCAGCAAAAUGCUACUUUUGCAAGCUCUUCUGUUCUUCGGGUUGGACCACCGCUCGCUUCGACGUUUGGCCCUGGCUUCCUGCGGGUAGAAUGCCAGCUUCCUGGGCUUGGUACCGGGUCUAAUAGAAUUGCAAAUAUAUUAGGUGGCUUUUGAGAUUGUGGGAAUGGUAGGAUUUGUAGAGGAGUGGGAAUACGUUUGGUAUAAACUGGUGGAGUACGAGAGUGCAAUUUGAAUAGCCUCUCAUGGUGAGGCUGGGACAAAAUCUCUUGAGAGCUGCAAGUGGCCAUCUGCUGUGAAGUACCAUGCCCACAGACGCCCAUCCCUCAACUGUAGUGAAAGUGCUUCAUUUGGUUUUCCUGUCAACUUUCUGGGGAAUGCAGAUCUGGGUCACUUUUAUAUCUAGCUUUGUGAUGGGCAACAAUCUCCCACAACACACAUUUAGCUUCAUUCAGAGUUGCCUCUUCCCAUAUUACUUCUGCAUUGGAUCUGCUUGUGCUUUCAUCAAUCUGACCAUAUUUGCUAUGUGUCACCCCAGCAAGCUGCUCAGUCAUGAAGAAACCAUGCAGAUUACAGUCUUCUUCAUUUGUGUCUCAAUCGCUGCCCUAAAUGCACAAUGGUUUGGGCAAGUGACUUCAGAUAUUAUGGCUGAAAUGCACCUGAUAGAGCAAAGCUAUGGUCUAGGAGAAGAUGUUGGUUUGUUCUUAAACAAAUCGCUCGGACAAUUGCGUGAACUGGAUUCUGCCUACAAGAAGCUGACUCGCAAACUGAAAAUCUACCACAGCUUCUCUUCACUCUGUAAUCUGUGCUGCAUUGCAUGCAAUGGCUUGAGUCUCUACUAUAUUGCUGCUCACCUUUCAACACUAUAAUCACAUGGGCCACUAACCCAAACAAUAUCUCAGGCUCUGCAGGAGGAGUAUGGAGUAAGGACUGUGGAAAAUAUGGAUUAAAAUAAUUAAAUCCAAACUGUAUGCUAGAACUGAAGAACACUGAGGUCACCACAUUCUUGGCAUUCUAUGCCACAGAAACCUCUGAAUAAUCAUUUUGUGGAAAUCCCUCUGCAGGCUUUUUACUAUAGUUUCUAGUGGAUGUUACACAUUAUGGCCCAUUGCUAAUACUUAAACUACUUGUUCAGAAAAGUUCAAGAAAGUGACCUUGAAAAACCAGGGCUGAUAAACGAACAGUUUUAAUUGUACCUUCAUAAGUAAAUGUCUAGAACAGAUACAGGCUUUGCAGAGUGAUAAAUACUGUAUGAAAAUGCCAUGCUGAAGUAGAUCUUUUCAUUUGUCUCCCCCUGCCCCCCCAUUACUCAGCAUGAAAGGUAUGUUUUGAAAUAAUUAUAGUCCAACUGUUCAUCUAACUAAUGUUUAACGAACUAUGCUUAAUAUAUGGUAAGAAAAAAAAAUUAUGUACCUUCUGAA